CGGCUUCUUAGCUAAUAAGCGGGUCCCAAAAUUUAGUCAUAGAGAUAAAGCAUGUGAGGAGCAAUGGCCAUGUAGUUAUCCCAGAUCGAGUGGACUCUUCCAUUUCAAUUACUCUCUCAAGAUCUUGCUAACUACUCCCAAAUUCAUUGUCCAGACGCUAUAGUCUCAUUCUGAUACUGAGAAGUGCUGUCGGUAUCAAAUUAGGCGCCAAUUGAAAUUGAGAAUUGAAGUUUGAUUCAAAAUACUUGUGUUGUUGUUGUUGUCUCCUUGUGUUGUUCCUAGAGACGGAGAUCUUGAUAGGGAAUGGGAAUGAUGAGCUCAGAUGAGAGAGCUGUUGCCGUGAUCAUGGUUGGUGGUCCUACAAAAGGUACUCGAUUCAGGCCAUUGUCACUAAAUAUUCCAAAGCCACUUUUUCCACUAGCAGGACAGGCAAUGGUUCAUCAUCCAAUCUCUGCCUGUAAAAAGAUACCAAACCUAGCACAGAUCUAUCUUAUUGGUUUCUAUGAAGAACGUGAGUUUGCCUUAUAUGUCUCCUCCAUCUCUAUGAGCUUAAAGUCCCUAUCAAGUAACUUCAUAACCAUUUCUCUUCUUAAUAAUUUUACUUUCUCUUUGAUGGUGUUAAACUUGAGCUUAGUUUCUCAUCUUAUUAUUAUGUUUUCCUUUUGGAUCAUCCUGAAAUAG